UCUAAAAUAAAUAUAAAUAUAAUCAGACAAAACAAUUAUAUUUUAUCAUAAAAAACAUAUAUCAAAUUAUUUGGAAGAUAAUCUGUAAAUCAUAUUUGGUGCCGCAAGUAAUUUGACGAAGAAACAUAUUCAAAAUAUGCACAUGAAAAUAGUACUUGAAUCAAUUUUCAACAUAAACUGAACUUAAAUUAAAAAAAAAACACCGCGUGGAAACGUGUUGAAACAAAAAUUUUUAGAAAACUGUGCAAAUAAAAAUAACUGAAAUUUAAAAAUCCAUCGCAAAUACUCAAGGUGCGCAGAAAAUUAAAAAUUAAACACAAAACAACAACAACUAGUUGCAUAUGUAAAACAAAAAUCCUUGCAACCUGCUGUGUCUGUCUGUACACCGCUGAUUAGAAAACGUCUAGAGGUGCUGAAAUAUGUAGAGAAACCUGUGCUGAAAAAUAAAUAAUCCUUUUAAAAUUCUAAAUUCGGAAGAAUUUCUUUGGUUGUGUAUUAAAAAAUUUAAAAGAAAAAUAAAAGAAAACCCCUAAAAAAGAACUUUGUAAACGAUUUUUACAAGUAAACAACUUUAUAAUACAAAAUAAAAUUUAAAAUUCAAUAGAAAUUAACUAGACAUGCUAUGAAUUUUGUGCAGAGGAAUAUACAAUAAAUAAAAUAGAAUAAAAUUAUUUGACUACGUUAUGUUAAUUAUUAAAAAUCUAAAAGGAAGUGCGUCUUAAAAUUCAAAAAAGAAUUUUAUUUAAAAAAAAAACUUCAAAAAUUUCUCAUACCAUUACAAAGCUCGCCAGCGAGUUUUUAAGGAUACCAACCUCAGCAGGGAAAAGCUCAAGCAGCUUACGUUUAAGAACGGAUUAAAAGUGGAAGACAUCACGGCAAAAAUGGUUAAUAAACAAUACUCAGCCACCGAUUUGGAGGCUUUCAUGAAAAUUGCCGUGAAUUGGCAGAAUAGCAACCAUAGCUUAUUGGAAGGUGUUGAUAUAAAAGGAGAAAUGCAACAAUACAUGAACAGUCCGGCGAUGAAUAUGUAUAAAAAACGGGAGCGCACACAAAAUUGGAAUCAUCAAGAGAAGAAGUUCCUGCUCGAUUUAUGUCGUAAGGAUAUGCGUAUUAUCGAGAACAAACGACUCGAUGCUGGACUGACGGCGGUGAAGAAUAAGGCUUGGAAAAUAAUACAUCAGAAGUUUUCAAGUCAAUUCGGCACAGAUCGGACGUGUAAUCGUUUGAAGGAGCAAUGGCGGCGCAUGAAAGCCUGCACGCGUAACGAAAUUUUAGAUUACAACAAUCGCCUAACACGAUUUGGUGCCGAAGUAGCCGAUCGCAAAAAACCAUCGCCAUUCACAUUUGAAGUGUGGGAAUUCAUGCAAGAGGCAAAGAAAGCUUGCAAAUCUGAAGCUUUGGAUGGCAUUGAUUACUCGAAAAUACCGUUAGCGCUCGAAGAGGACUAUGAGUAUCGCGAAGAUGAACAAAAUGGCGAAGAUGAUCACGAUAUGGAUGACAGUCGCACACCACCACAGGAGCUCUGCGACGUUGACAUCAAGGAGGAGACCAAUGAGACCUUUAAUGACACCAACACACACAACGAAUCGCUGGCGCUCGGCGAACGUCGCCCAUCCUCCUCCUCGCCGAACCUCAGCCGCCUCGGUGCACAUCAUGACCUCGAACGCGCCAGCCUACACAGUCCAGCCGGUAACUUGACGGCAUCCAGCGAACUCGCCAACGCCAGCUAUCUCGCACAAAACGGCGCUAGCGGCGGCGCGGCGGUUGGCGGCAGUGCUGGUGAUAUGGGCGCCUUCCAGCCUGCCUUCAACAUGAGCAAUAUCUCUGCCACACUGGAAGCUUUGAAUGCGUUACGUAGCGGACAAUUCCCCUCAGCUGCUGCUGCCGCCGCUGCCGCUUUACAGAAUAACUUUGCUGCAGCUGCUGCGCAACAACAUCAACACCAACACCAACACCAACACCAACAGCACAAUCAACAACAAUCCCAAUUGUCGCCAAACGAUGAACAACCCCUGGUGAAGCGUCCACGCAGCUCGAGCGGCAGCGCAAACGGUGAGGAAGUGUUGCACGACUUAUCCAUGAAUGGUGCAGCUAUUGCGAAUGCCGGCUCAGCUAAUCCCGCCAGCGCGCAUAUCGGCGUCAACGGUGGCGGUGGUGGCAUGAGCGCGUCGGCAAGUAGCACGCCGGAGAUGCGCGCCUUCAUGGAGAUGCAGAGCAAGGAGCAUCUGAUGCGCAUGAAAAUACUCGAAGUCCAGCUGCAGGCGGCCAAAUAUAAUCGCGAUCUCGUCGAGAUCAACAAGACAUUGGCGUUGCAGAAACUGCAGGAGUUAGCCAGCAAGCGCUUGACCAGCUAAGUUUGGCGCGUAGUGAAGACGAAUGUUGGAACGCAUGUAUGAAGGCGAGGAGAAGCGUUGAGCGACAGCGGAUUUGAUACUUACGACGGAAGAAUGUUAGCGGAGCAAGGCAGCUGUGUAUGACGUGCGCGUAGGCAAGUCGGCGGUGGCAGCGGCAGCAUACGAAGUGCUGUCGUCGAGCACACAAUGUCUUACUUACAUAUACUUUUUUUAUAAACGUUAAUUAAUGUCUUUGGAAAUAGCUGUAAUAGUUUGUAUUACUGUUAUCUUGAUUUUUGUCUUUCUUAUGUAUAAAACAUUCCUGUUAGCGUCAGUUGUACUCAAAACCCUAUAUACGGUUAUUAGUAGUACUUACUUUUCGAUUCUUACUGUUUUAAUGUCACAAAUUUUAAAGCCAACGAUGAAAUAUAGCAAAGAAAAAAAUUAA